AUGCACGAGUUCCAAGUGCUGACAAAAAGAAAACGUGAUUUGCCAAAAGAAUCAAAGUUCUUGAAAAAUAAAUGUCACAGUAAUAUAGGAUGUGAUGAAAAAGUAGAUUGUCUAGCAAAGGAAGCAGCCAAUAAUGAUAACUUAGAAAUAAGCGAGAAAUACUGUGCUCAUGAAAACACACUAAGAUGUAUUAGUACUGCGAUUGAAGAAAAAUGAUCACUCAAAUAGAGAAGAAAAGAAACCAAACUCAGCGAAAUAAAACGAACAGAACGUUGGAAAAACAUAGCAAAUCUUAACAGAAAAGAAGUAUUAUUAACACGUUUACGAAUAGGACAUACUCGUUACACACACGGUUACCUAAUGAGCAGAGAACAACAACCCAGGUGCGCAGCAUGCGGAGUUCACUUGACUAUCAAACAUAUACUUGUCGAAUGCAAACAAACUGAAGCUGCAAGAAUCAAACACAACAUGCCAGAAUAUCUAUAUCAAUUACUAGGUCUAAACGUAUCAGCCAUCUGA